AAGAUUGUGCUUUUUGUGGCAAUUUAGAAAAUUCAGACAAAGUCCAUGUCUCUUUUAAAUUCACAUACACCCUUCUCCAAAUCUCUCUUAUUAUCACAUUCCAUUGGCGGCAUUAGCAUUAGGAUUCCUGUUGGACCCCAAAACAGACACAAACUGCAUAUUUCCAGCUUCUUUUUCCUCUCAUUCCAAAAAGUUUAACCAAAGCCACAAACAGCAGCAACAACCAACUUCCACAGAAGAAAAGCAAAACCAUAAUCACAAUAGCAAAACAGUUCUCAUAGCAGUGUCACAGUGUGACUUUGUUUGUGUGUUAAUGCAUCACCACCACCACAAGCCCGACCUUCACAUCGGAGAAGAGAACUCACACCUCUCUUCUGAGGAUGCUACUUUAAUUCCUCUUCCCCAAAACCAAAAGCAAUUGCAAACCCAUUUCUCGAUUCAGGUUUCACCCUCCUCUCCCCAUCCACCGCCACCAAACUCACCAAACACUCCCUGUCACCAUGACCGCUUCUCCAAUAACCCAUCUGAAAUUUCGCCCCGCAAGAGAAUACCCGUCAUGGCCCUCCCUUGCUGUCUCUUUCCAACACCCUUUGGCGCAAAGUUUCCAACUUCCAAGCUUCUCCCUCGCUUCCGUUUCCUCAUGUUCCUCCCCCUUCCUUCCCUCUACUUUUUCUUUUCAAACCCUAGCCCUUUGGAUUUCUUCUCCGUCAUCGCUUGCUCAGCAGCACUGUUGAUUUCCCUCAAUCUGGCACUGUUGCUCUUCACUCGAUUGUUCCCCGCCAAAUUUUCAUCAUCGUCUUCUUCUUCCUCCUCCUCUUCUACUCACCCUGUGGUGUGGUCCAUUGGGUCGAACCCUAAGCAAGUGAAGAGCACAAGUUGGGGAUGUUGGGUGCAAGUUUACAGCAAUGGGGAUGUGUACGAGGGAGAAUUCCAGAAGGGAAAGUGUUGGGGAAGUGGGGUUUAUCACUAUCACAUGAGUGGGAGGUAUGAGGGGGAUUGGGUUGAUGGGAAGUAUGAUGGGUAUGGUGUGGAGACCUGGGCAAGGGGGAGCAGGUAUAGAGGGCAGUAUAGGGAAGGUUUGAGGCAUGGAAUGGGGAUCUAUAGGUUCUAUAGUGGUGAUGUGUACGGUGGUGAGUGGUCUAAAGGGCAGUGUCAUGGGUUUGGAGUCCACACUUGCUAUGAUGGGAGCCGCUAUGUUGGGGGGUUCAAAUGGGGUGUCAAACAUGGACACGGACAAUACCAUUUCAGAAAUGGAGACAAAUACGCUGGCGAAUAUUUUGCCGACAAGAUGCAUGGUUUUGGAGUGUAUCAAUUUCAGAAUGGUCAUCGGUAUGAGGGGGCAUGGCAUGAAGGAAGAAGACAAGGACUGGGAAUGUACACUUUCCGAAAUGGGGAAACACAGUGUGGCCACUGGCAGAAUGGGAUUCUUGAUGAUCCUAAAAGACAGAAUAGUCCUACUGGGUCUCCAUGUGAUGUGGACCAUGCCAAGGUUUCCAGUGCAGUACAGGAUGCACAUUCUGCUGCUGAGAAAGCUUACAGCAUGGUAAAGGUAGAUGACGGGAUGAAUAAAGUAGUGGCAGCAGCUAAUAAAGCAGCCAACGCAGCCAGAGUUGCAGCUGUAAAAGCAGUGCAAAAUAGGAUGCACCACAACAACAGUAAUGAUGAUAAAUGAUAAUAAUCGUUUCCUCAAUGUAGUGAUGAUAGAAAGCUUCAUUGUCAUCCUCCAUCAUAGGAUUGCAUACACACCAUUAUUAGAUAUGAGAAAGCAAAGGAAGGAGAAUCAUAAACAUGUGGAAAAUAAUGAGAUCUUCUCUCAAACUUAAGUACUAAGUUCUGUACAUGUUCUUCCCCUCCCCACUGGAGAGGUGUUUCCAUUUCUUAUAUCGUGCUUGGAACCACUUUCGGUAAUUGAACUCAAUGGCAGAUUGUGGAGCAAGCAGGGUCCUCACUUUUGGUGUCUGUUAUGUGUAUAAUAGAAGAAAAUUAGAUUACAGAGUUUGGAUGUGCAAGGCAGAAGUGCCAAAAACAUGUAGCGUAGGAUUUGCAUGCUGGGUUCUUGCCAUAAACACGAUAGUGUGUAUCUAUCCAUGUGGGUGCAUUUAAAAGUUGCCCACCAACUAGUGCUGUAUGUGUUUGGUGAAGAGUUAAAGCUUUAGAAAGCUGAAUUUCCUUAUCAUGCAUCAAACAACUAUGUAUAAUUUGAUAUCUUAAAAUAGAGAAAAAGCUAUUGAAGGUGAAGCUCUAUUAAAUGAAAGAAUGGUAUCUUGUAGUA